AUGAAUAAUGAAAAUAAAAUAUGCCUCGUUAAUUUUUCAAACGACGUUUUUUAUAAUAUUAUAAAAUAUUUAACAAUUAACGAAGCCCUAAAAUUAAAGUUAGUGAGCAAAUGCUUUUAUGAAUAUUUUAAAGAUGAGAAAGCGUAUAGUUUUAAUAGUUACAUUAACUUAAACAACUACAUUAAAUUUGUAAGAUUUAUAAAUCCUGAAAAAUUAAGUAUUUUUUUUCUUUCCCUAUUAAAUGAUGAGAAAAAGGUUUAUUCCAAUUUACGAUUUGCAAAAGGAAAUGCCAACUUUGGAAUAAACAGAAAACAGCUAAUAGAAUGUGAUAAACCUUUUUUAAAAAAAGUUAUUUUGAAAGGAAAAUUUUUAAGAAACACAAAUUUUUAUGAUAUAAGUAAAUUAAUAGGUUCUCAUGCAAAUACGUUAGAAGAAUUAUCUAUUCAUGGAUUGAAUGAUGUGAAUUGUCCUUUGUUUAUUUAUUACAAUUAUAGUAUAUUAUUUGAAUUUCUUUCAAAAGAAAUAUUAAUAAAUAAUUUUCCUAUAAAACUUGUGACUAAAAAUAAUUUAGAAAAUAUACAAAAUUGUAUUUUAGAACUUAAUAGACAAAAUGACGAAAAUUUUCAAACAAAUUUGACUAAUAAAAUAAAACAGCAUUUUCUAUAUGAACAUAUAAGUAUUGUAUAUAAUUGUAAUAAAAAAUGUGUUGAAAAAAUAAAAAAUUAUAAACAAAAAAUAAAUAUAAAUAAUUAUAUAACCAGUUUAAAUGUUUUAAAAGUUUUAAAUUUAACAGGUAUUCAAAGUUAUGAUAUGAUAGAAAUGUUUAUACCCAUACAUAUGCCAUUUUUAAACACUUUAAAUAUAUCAUGUUAUGAUUAUUUUUUUUAUUUUUAUCAUAUGGCUAUAUCUGUUUUCUUAUAUGGUAAAGGAGAACAAAUUUUUACACAAUUUUCUAAUUUUAAGAGUAGACAAAAUAUUGAUAAAAAAUAUACAAAGGAUGAAAAAAAAGAUAUAUUGAUAGAUAGCCAUGUGUGCAAAAAAAAUUUAAAAAAAAAAUGUGAAAAUAAAAAUGAUACAAUAUAUAAUGAUAAAGAAUUGGAUGAAUUGUUAAAAGAUAUCGAUGAUAAUUUAAUAGAAACUCAUAAAAUUUUAUCUAAUUUUCAAAAAAAAUAUGAACAAGAUGCUAUAUGUUAUUAUGAACAAAAUAUAAAAAAUAAUAAUAAAAAAAUUUUUUUUACACCAGCAUAUAAAGAUAAUAUAUAUAUGAACAAUAUAAAUAAUCCUGUAUAUUAUGCAGAUGGUAGUUAUAUAAAUUAUGACUCAGACAUAAAUAAUAAAUACAUGACAAAAAAUUUGGCUAGUUGUGAAUAUAAAUAUAUUAAUGAUCAUAAUAAAAAAGAUGAAGAUUAUAACAAAACUAAUUAUAAAAAUUUAGAAAAUUAUCAUGAUAUUUUAAGAUAUACUAAAAGUGAUAGUACUGUUUAUAGUACUUGUAAAAGUAUUAUCAAUGUUGACAGUUUUUAUACAAUACCAAGUAAUGAAAAUUUUUCAAGUAAUAGUACAUGUUUAAAAGAUACAGCUAGCGAAGAUAUAAUUUAUGAUGAAAAAAAAAAAAAAAAAAAAAAUAUUAAUCGAAAUUUCAAUGAACAAAAUUUGCACACAGAAAAAAAGAAAAUAAAAAAUUUAAAAAGAGGAGGAUAUAUGUGGUUAAUUGAAAAUAGCAAAUAUAAAAAAAAUGUAAGUAUAGAAAUAUUAUAUUUAUUUAAAAACAUAAUUGAAAAAGAAGAAAAAAAAAGUCGAAAAAAUAUAAUAUCGUUAUUAUAUAAUUUAAAACUAGAACAUUUUUCGUUAUUUAAUUAUAGCUUAAGUAGUCCGUUUUUAUGGUUAUUAUUAUUAGUAAAAAAUGAAAAUUUAAAAACUUUGUGUAUAUUAGAUUUAUGUCUACCACAUUUAUUAUCAGCUUUAACAUUUUUAGAGGCAUUCUUAAAACAAAAUUUAUUUAAUUUUCAAGGGAUGAUGAGAAGAAGAAGAAAAAGACUUGGUAGUAUAUAUUUUAAAUUUAACGAUGAAGAAGAAAUUAAAUUUGUUAAUCAAACUUAUUCAACAAUUAUAAAUGAAUUAAAUAGAUCGAAUUUUCCUUCAAAUAAAACAAAAAAAAAUAAAAUUUUACAUAUAGUUAUUUAUGUAUAUAAUAAUAGAAAAGAAAAUAAACAAUUUAUAAAACAUAUCCGAAAAAUUUCAAGGUCGUUAUGGCGAUGUAAUUAUAUAGUGCAUUAUACAAUUCAGUACUAUAAAUAUAAAUAUUUUAAUAAAUAUUUCGAAAUUGAUAAUUUGUAUAGAGACUACAUAUUUAACAUUAUCAUGUCUAAUCAUAGAUUUAAUCAAUCUGCAUUCAAUCAGAAUCGCUCCUCCCUCGUUCAUAAAUAA